UGGAAGGGGCGGGACCUGGGCAGCCCAGCGCGUCGCGACAGCUUGGAGAACCAGUGGCGCCGCCGCACACACCGGUGCCACCGUCUCUGUGUUCAUGAUGGACUCGGGGAUGGAAGAGGACGUCACCCUGCCUGGGACCCUCAGCGGCUGCAGGUGUGGCCCUGGCUUUGCGUGACCUUCACCCUAUUCUACCAAGUGAGCUGGAUGGCAUCAAUGGCAUUGCUGGCUUGGGAAACGGAGAACAUUGAACUCAAGGUGGAAUUGGAAAGUCUGAAGCAGAAGCUCCAGGAGAGAGAUCAGUUGCUCAUCAGUGCCUCCAAAGCAGUGGAGAGUCUCACCAAAGGGGGAGGUUCUGAAGUCCAGCGCGUGAAAGAAGAUGCGAGGAGGAAGGUGCAGCAGGUCGAAGACCUCCUGACGGAAAGGAUACAUCUUCUAGAAGAAGAUGUGAAAGCCGCCCAAGCAGAACUGGAGAAGGCCUUUGCAGAGACGGAAACAGAGAAGGAGUUUCACCUCAGCUUGGAAAGCAAGCUCUCUGAGAUGAAGAAGAUGCAGGGGCAGGACCUGGAGUUGACUCUGGCUCUGGAAGACAAGGACAGACUGAUUGAGGAGUUGAAGCUGUCUUUGAAGAGCAAAGAAGCUUUAAUUCAGUGCCUUCAAGAGGAGAAAUCUCAGAUGGCAUCUCCUGACGAGAAUGUGUCAUCUGGAGAACUCCUAGGACUUUCUGCUACUCUGAGGGAAGCAAAGGAGAGAGACGCUGAGGCUGCACAGAGGGAAUGGCAAAAGAGAGAAAUCACUGGGAAGAGAAGAUCCAGUUCUGGGAAUUGCCAGUGCAGAGCAGGUGUCACUGGCUCCCUGUGUGACCGAUGCAAAGAUGGACAUUAUGGCUUUAAUAAGACAGGCUGCUUGCCCUGCCAGUGCAACAACCGGUCUGAUAGUUGUGAUGUUCUCACAGGUGCUUGUUUGAACUGCCAGGAAAAUAGCAAAGGGGAUCACUGUGAAGAAUGCAAAGAGGGAUUUUUUCAAAGUCCUGAUGCUACUAAAGAAUGCCGCCAGUGCCCUUGUUCAGAAGUGACUUCUACAGGCAAUUGCACCAUAGAAUCUGGUGAAUUGGAGCCUACAUGUGUCCAGUGUAAAGAUGGUUACACAGGACAGAACUGCAAUAAAUGUGAAAAUGGCUAUUACAAUUAUGACAGCAUCUGCAUACCGUGCAAAUGUCAUGGCCAUGUGGACCCAACUACAACUCCAAAGAUUUGCAAACCUGAGAGUGGUGAAUGCAUCAACUGCAUCCAUAACACCACUGGGUUCCUGUGUGAAGCCUGCCUAGAAGGGUAUGUCCGAGACCUCCAGAACAACUGCAUCAAGCAAGAAGUUAUUGUUCCAACUCCUGAAGGUUCUACCAUUUUGGUUUUCAAUGCCUCUUUGACCACAUCAGUGCCCACCCCUGUUAUAAAUAGUACAUUUGCCCCCACAACCCUGCAGACUAUCUUUUCAGUAAGUUCUUCUGAAAACAGCACCUCAGCUCUCGCUGAUGUAUCAUGGACCCAGUUUAACAUCAUCAUUUUGACAGUCAUCAUCAUUGUGGUAGUGCUGCUAAUGGGAUUCGUAGGAGCUGUGUAUAUGUACCGGGAGUACCAAAACCGGAAACUCAAUGCUCCCUUUUGGACCAUCGAGCUGAAAGAAGACAAUAUCAGUUUCAGCAGCUACCAUGACAGCAUUCCCAAUGCAGAUGUGUCAGGAUUGUUGGAGGACGAUGGCAGUGAAGUGGCUCCCAAUGGGCAGCUGACCCUGACGACACCCAUUCAUAACUACAAAGCUUGAGGAGCUGGGCUGUCCUGGAGUGUCAGGACACAAUACUCACUAAAUUGAAUCUGCCCUCCAACCCCACAUAGCCUGGGUAGAGUUUGCUGAGAAUGGCAUCGUGCAAAUGAACUGUUCAGGUACAAACUGUAGUGAGCUUAGCCUAUCUGUUGCUCUUAAUUCAUCCCCAUGAAGAUCUGAAGCACUCGUCAUCAUUGAGGACUUGAAGUAAAGUAUAUUUUUGUAACAAACCACAUGUGUGUAUGGAAAGGCUGAAUCCCACACAGAAGCUCAAGUCUACCCAGCCUCUCAGAGGACUGCUGGGAAAGUGUUCAUCUCACCAGCCGUGACAAAAUGCUGAUGUGGAGGGGAAGACUGAUAGAAGACGUCAUCUUCAUUUUGGAGAUAUUUUAUAUUUUAAGGAGAGGCAGGGAUUGCGUAUGUUUCACUGCACUAAAAGCUGUAACUGAUGAAAAGCUGAUGUCUAGGCUGAACCACACUAAACAAGCUUGGCUCUGUGUAGACUGAGGGCAGAAAUGUUCCAAGAGGAUCUGUAGAAGGGCUUGGCUUUCCUCCCAUGAGUCUCCUUCGAGGAUGGGAUGAAAGCACAGGAUAAGCCUCUGUGGUGAGGGCAGGUGCAGCAUCCAGAGAGCAGAAAGUUGAUGACCUCCUCAGGGGAGGUGCCUGCCUCUAAAGAAACAAGGUGUACAUAGUAAUGUAGCAUACCUGCUCAACAUUGUACUUGUGUCUAUUUGUAAAAAAAUCAUGUCCUAUUUUAUCAUCUAGACUUUAUUUGUAUAGCAGUUACUGGUGUUGUAAAAAGAAGAUAGGGAAAUUGGUUAAAAUACUGUAAAAUAGGUGGCAAUAUUGCUAGAGCUGGGACUCUGUUGAACACCAUUCAUUUUUCAUCCCUGUUUGGACACUGUUGAAAUUUACAAGAGGUCAAAUGUUUCUAAUCUUUCCUCUCUCAACCUAGAGUCAUAUACUCUUUGACUUACCAUAGAUUCAAGCAAUAGAUUUGAAGUCUGUAUUAUUAGACUCUGGGACACAGGCUGCAUUCUCUAGAUACCGACCCACUUAAUUAGCCACUCUGUGUGUUUUACAUUGCUCAGUGUAAACAUCCUCAGAAAAAGACUUCUUUCCUGAAUGUAAAGGACAGUCUUCCAAAGGACAGAAAUUUUAAAUUAAAAAAGAAAAGCCAUCAUGUUACUUGGGGCCCCUUGUUUUUAUGCCCAUGAAAUACUUAUGUACCUCCCAUAACCUCCAAAAUAAAGGCCUCUGACAUUUGAGUAUAACCUGUUCCCCACGAAUCAUGAGGGAUGUUUGACUUCUUCAGUGUAGAAUUCAUCCGUCUUCUUUCUGGCCAAGGGUUACUGUGGUUGAGUGUGCAUUUAGUCGUUGUUUGUAGGUGCCAUUUCCCCUGAGGCUGAAUACUGAUUUUUUCAUCUGUUAUGCACUGACAGGUUGUGGACUAAGCAGGUCAAAAAAGGUGACCCAAUCCAUGUGGUAGGGAAAUACAAAACAAAGACUAGACCUAGGAAACUCAGACUUACCUUCCUCGCAGAGAAAAGAGUUUGUUCAUCCUCUGUAGGAGACCCCACGUUUGUCUCAGGGUUUGGAAAUGACUGGACUAGAGGAUCCGGAGGUAACCUGAGGGCGCUCUGAUUAUGUGACUUCUUUAUUAGAGUAAACAUGCAUCUCCUUGUACAGAAACUAUUUUCAACUGGCUGAUGAGCUUAGCAUAUGAGUUUAAUAGGUUUAAUCCCCACAAUUACAGAAUAGAUCAAUAUUUUUACUGUCCUUUGUCAUUUACAAAACACACUUUCCCAUGUGUGUUCUUUUAUUCUAACCGUGUCCUCCUAAGGAAGUAGUCUUUUACCCCUUUUAUAAAUGAAGAGAUGCUAAAUCAUUCAGGACUAUAUGCACACUAUUUUAUGCUUGGAAUCAAUUCUCACCUCUAUGGCAUAGUCAUUUGGCUAUGUGAUUUAUAUAUUUACUAUCCGUUGGCCCUAGCAGGCUGCGAUGAAUAUUCACAUAUGUGGAUGAUUCUACUGGAGUCCUUAUGUGCUCUCAAGUGUGCUGCCCCUCGUGUGUAUCUGUGUCUGUGCGUGAUGUAUGUGCUUUGCAAGCAAAUUUCAGGGCCACAUAGCUACAAAUGACUUUGUGGAAAGAACACGAGGAUUUCUAUCUAAAGUCAGAAUUAAUGAUGAUAAGGUAAAACUGGCAGUUAGAGUUCAUUAAAAUGAAUGAAUUCCUGGAAUGGGGGAGAGGGACAUGAGGAGGAAGGGCUUCCUCUAGCAAUUGCAGCACAGGUGUGUACUGACUGCAUCACACAAAUUACAGAGCAUUAUGCAGAGUGAUUACCUCACUGAUACCAAAAAUAAAGGUAAGGAGAUAAAAAGCAAACAUUUGUUAAACAGAUGUUUACCCAAUAAAUAAUAAGUGUUUGUAUGAGCCUAAAAACCAGUCAUAUAGCCAAGAUUCCAGCUCAGUAGAGAUUCCUUGAAACAACUCUUAAAAGAUAACACAGAAAUUAAACCACAAAGACUGUUUAUCAAUUAAGGCUUGUAGGUCAUAUUUUUCACAAUGAUGAAAAGGUAUAGCCUUAAAAUGUAUUUUAAAUAAUAUUAUUUAGUGACCACUGCACUCUGCUUGUAAAAACAUUUUUCUUCUAAAGAUCAACCAUGAGGAAGUUUCCUCUUGAAAUUAGAAUAGAAAACCAACAUAAAAUACAACACAGGGUUCUCAUUCUCUGAAGGCUUCACCAUCAAACACCAGGUGCCCUCUCAAAAGUCUAAUGUUUGAACAAGUAUUGUCUAAGCAUUGAUAAUGUGUUCUUCUUAAAAUAUAAUACCCAUAUAUUUCUCAGUGAACCUUGCUGAGAAAUAGUCAUCACUGCUAUAAAUGAACUGAUGCUUGCUUGCAUCUUUAUUGACUUUUGUAGUAAGCCCUUUGCAUUUCUGAUAGCUGGGUGUCCUCAUCAGAUUCAAACUUGUGUUUGACCUUGCUAUCACUAAUGCCCUCCACCCUGCUUCCCGGAUUCUCUUAUUUACAGUCUUUUCAAUUAUAGAAAAGGAAAGAGGAUAGUAAAAUCUCUUAUUUAUUUGAACAUCCUGAGUGCAUUGUUUUCCCCUAGGAUACCUGAAUUUUUAGAGAGUGCAAAAAGGCAAACAUGGGCUAGGAGGAUAGGGUUUUAUUUGUUUUCCUUUUGUUAUUUUAACAUUUAUUUAUUUAUUAUGAAUACAAUAUUCUGCCUACAUGUAUGCCUGCAGGCCAGAGAGGGCAGCAGACUUCAUUACAGAUGGUUGUGAGCCACCAUGUGGUUGCUGGGAAUUGAACUCAGGACCUUUGGAAGAGCAGGCAAUGCUAUUAACUGCUGAGCCAUCUCUCCAACCCGUAUUUGUUUUUCUUAACAAGAUUAUCUAAGUCCCAAAUGAUAUCACUAUUCUGUAGUUCCAAUUGUCCAAGAAACAACCAUCAAAGCAGCACUCAUUGACCUGCCAGGUAAUCUGUGUUAUCUUUCAUCAAGAUGUAAUUUGGAAGGCGAGAGACAGCUGGAGCUUGAUUAUUGAUUAUUCACCCUGGCCCUAUACCUUUUCUCUUUGUGUUGUUGCUUGUAAACAUAAGAUUGAUUCCAAAUGACUAUCCCUGGCUUCUUACAUUUUGAAGUAGUAUUGGGUGGGAGUUGAGUUCCUGUAUCUCUCAAGGAAAGUUCUCUGGCAAAAUAUUCAGAAUAAGUUAAAAAAAAACAGUGUAAUCAAUUAGGGUAGCAGAAGUCUUUGUGAUCUCAUACACACACACACACACCCUAAUCUGUUGCUACUUCUGACAGCAGGUGGUUUAGGAACUGAAAUGGGUUUGGUGUCUAUGCUCAGGGUUGGAGAAGGUGAUGGAGGGUUAAAUCAUCAUUUUCUUUCACUCCGAGCCAGUGACUAUGCCAUGGGAAGAAGCAAGAAAAACAGUUAUCAAGCUGAAGAAGUCAAAUAAAUACUAUCUAAUGGUUAACGGUUAUGUAUCAUUAAAAUGUCAGUGGUUUGAAUGAUAAUUUUUCAAAGGCCUUGGGGAUCUUUCUUGUUACUUAUGCAUAUGCAGAAACUGCAGCAGCCCUGGAAUGAGCCCAGAGCUUCAGAUUCGAGCUAGCCCAAAGCUAAGUGACUUCUAGUCAAUUGUAAUGCCAGGCACAAGCACUCUGUACUCUUAAAUUUCAACCCAAUUAAUUAGGGAAUGUUUCUAAAACAUUAAACUUGUAUUUAGGUCACUAAAACCCUAACCCAAAAUUAAAAAACAUGUCUCAUGUGUACUGUACUAGGUUUCAGAUGCAUUUCUAAAUUUGUGUAUGAUUUGAAUAUAUGAAAGAAUUUAUAUGAGAGUGUUAUUUAAAAUUAUUAAUAAAUGUAUAUAAUUUGUACCAUUGUGGAUUGGUUUCACUUUUUUAUGGGGUGAGAAAUUUUAGAAGUCUUCAGGUAAGUCCUGCAGGUCAUUUGCCAGCUCACUUCAUGGAAGUCAUUGAAUCCUUCAUGUACAGACCAACAUUUUAUAUCAGUUCAUUAAAGGAGAGUCUACCCCUUGGGGAGAAGAUAGCA